UGCUUCCUUGGUUGUUUUCUCAAUCCAGGGAGCCACCGGAACGAGACCAGCUUUGAAAUCACAAUCCUGGACGUGAAUGAUAAUCCUCCACAAUUCUCUAAUAUCGAAGAAAUCUUCGGGAGCGAGAAUACUAAUGCGGGAGAGACCCUGGUGGGGUCGGUGAGGGUAAGCGAUUUUGAUCAACCGGGGACGAGCAACACAGAUUUAGAGCCCGAAAUCGUGAGGAUAGAAUGCAUUUUGGACUGUGCAAUUCCUGGUGACGCCACCGGUUUGGUGGAGUUGAUGAUGGAGCUAACCAGUGACAUCAUUACAACAUACAUCAUCAGGUUCGAGGCCGGCAUGGACUUCGCUGGACGACGUGGUCAAUACGAGGUGGAAGUUAAGGUUUCUGACAAGGGAGACCCGAUGUUGAGUAAUACAGAGAUCAUCAUUCUACACAUAGUAGACCGGAAUGACGAGUACUUUGCAUGGUCGGUGGAGCACGGAUACAUCUUCCCAGUAGAGGAGGUAAUAAUGAUCGCUUCCCUCCGGGGAUCUCUAAAUAAGAUCCGAAAUGCGAAGAUGCUGAAUGAUUCAUUCGUGUUGCAGAGGUUCCAGGUGGGUUCAGACAUCAACAGCAUUACGGGCGCCGAGUUCUUCAUGAAGACCAAGGACGACGACUUUUGA